AAUUGCAGAUUGAAAGUUAGUAUUAAAUUAAGAAGAAGAAGAUGGUGCGAGUUAUCAUUAAAGGUGGUGUAUGGAGAAAUACCGAGGAUGAAAUCCUUAAAGCUGCUAUUAUGAAAUAUGGAAAGAAUCAGUGGAGUCGUAUCGCAUCUCUUUUACAUAGGAAAUCGGCAAAACAAUGCAAGGCCCGUUGGUAUGAAUGGUUGGAUCCUGGAAUUAAGAAAACGGAAUGGUCACGAACGGAAGACGAAAAGUUGUUACAUUUGGCAAAACUUAUGCCAACACAGUGGCGGACAAUAGCACCAAUAGUUGGGCGAACAGCUGCUCAGUGCUUGGAACGUUACGAGCAUCUACUGGACGAGGCCCAGAAAAAAGCGGAACAAAUAGAUGAAAGUGAAGAUCUGAACGAUGCUAGGAAGUUGAGACCAGGUGAAAUAGACCCGACACCUGAAACCAAACCAGCAAGACCUGAUCCAAUUGAUAUGGAUGAAGAUGAGCUUGAAAUGCUUUCUGAGGCUCGUGCAAGAUUAGCAAACACACAGGGCAAAAAGGCAAAACGUAAGGCCCGCGAAAAGCAGCUUUCAGAAGCUCGUCGCCUUGCUUCGCUGCAGAAACGACGUGAAUUGCGCGCUGCUGGUAUUCCAUGGGGGCAGCACAAAUUUCAACGCAGAAAUCCAUUGUAUCUAGAUUACAGCGCAGAGAUUCCAUUUGAAAAACCUGUCCCACCGGGAUUUUACGAUCCAUCGGAGGACAAAUUUGAAAAGGAUACGACAUUCAAAAAGCAGACUCGAGCAGAAAUUGAAGGUGUCCGACGUGACGACGUUGAAAACGAAGAACGUAAGAAGGAUCGUGAGAAAUUGAAAAAGAGAAGGGCCGAGGGUAAUCCUGAAUCAAUUUUUGAACAGAAGGUUGAAAAGAAACGUUCAAAGCUUAUUUUACCAUUACCGCAAAUAUCGGAUAAAGAAAUGGAAGAAAUCGUCAAGAUUGGACAAGCAACAGAUACUAUUCGUGAAUUUAGUGAUAAUAAUCCAACAAGUACACUUCUGCAUGAUUAUCAGAUGCCGAUCCAUGAAAAUACUGCGCGAACAGCACGUACACCAUCGAUGUACGCCGACGCUUUGCAAAAGGAAGCUGAAAAUCUUCUUGCUCUACAGAAUGCUCCAACACCUUUGAAAGGAGGUGUAAAUACCCCACUGCAUGAUCUAAAUUUGCAAUCGGCUUUACCACAAGAUCGUUCAGUUGUUACUCCGAAUACUGUCCUUUCAAAUAUUGCAGCUACACCUUCUAUUUUACAAGGAACACCAGGGCAAUCAGAACCUGCUACACCAUCUAGUACACCGUUCCGGGAUCAACUGAGUAUCAAUAACCCACAGUUAUCGUAUGAUUCACGCGGUGAGUUAAAGAAAGCACUGAGUUCAUUACCAGCACCGCGAAAUGAAUUUGUCAUCAUGGUACCGCCGGAAGAAACUGAGGCAUCGCAAGAAGAAGCAACGGAAUGGGUAGAAGAUGCCAGUGAUGUGGAUGCUCAAAAAGCGGAAGCGCUUGAAUUGCUACGUAUCCAGAAAUUGAAAAAGGAAUCACAGGUUGUACAACGUGAGUUACCAAAACCAUCAAAAAUUAACGAACAGAGUUUCAAAUCAAUUUCCAGUAAGAGUGAUAUUGGCAAGGCGGAUGAUCUGAUAAAGACUGAAAUGUUUGUUAUUCUGAAGCACGACGUCAAUGAACACCCAAUCGACGAUAUUUCUAUAGAGGAUCUAGGAGAAGCAGAAAAAAUGAUACAGAACGAAUUACGACCGGAAGAACAUGCUAGUUUGAACGCAAAUCUGUGGGCUGUUAUAGAGCAGUGUUCGUCGGAAUUAAUUUUGGCACAAAAUAAAUUUACUCGUUUGGGCGUUCUACCUAAAAAGGACCAAAUUGAUGCCCUUUCAGCUAAAUUCCAGCUUUAUCGAGAUUGGAUGAAUACACGUGCUAAAAAGACGGCAAAAAUGGAGAAGAAACUGAAAGUGAAAUUGGCUGGUUAUCAGAGCAUCGGACAGCAUUUGAUAAAACUUAUCGAAGAAGUAAGAGCAGAAUUGGAAGCGUGUAAACGUGAAAAAGCUACGUUUGAAUUGUUAGAAAAGAAUGAGGAGAAAGCAAUCAGGAAGCGGCUGAACAAACUUAUGGAUGAGGCCACGCAGCAGGAAAAUCGUGAAAAAGAGUUGCAGAAACGCUUCGAUGAACUGAUGCAAGAGAAGUGGAAUAUUGGGCAAGCACUUGUUCGAAUGGACGCGACAAUCACUGCUCAGCCAAUUGCGUAUCAAUGAGAAAUGAAAUAUCUUUCUGUUGGAUAUUUUUUUUAUACGCGUUUAUUUUUUCUUUAAUUUGAAUUUGUUUUUGAUCAUAUGUUUUGCUGCGUUAGCCUUUUCCAAAUACUUGAAAAUGUUUCUGCAGAAUUUCUACAUAUGCAAAUAAACUGUGUUAGUGUAUGAAACGUUUAGAUAAAUAUAUUCCCGUUUAGGGAUGUUUUCAGUUAGUUUGUUUUGCCUACAUUUCUCAUAUAUUUUAAAUACAUAUUGUCGAAAUGUAAUGCACAUUGUUGUUUUGACACAAAAUUACUUUGAUUGGUCAUUAUUAGACUCUCUGAAACUGUAUGCUUUCUAGUACAGUUGUUUGCUGCGAGUUAAAAUCUGAUGAUUUUACUGGUAAUGUCAUAGCAACAAUAAAUCGGAAAAGAAAAUAUUGAUCGUAUCUAAAUAAUUGCGUUGAUUGGAUUUUUUAAUGUUUGCUAAAAUCAUAUUAUGUUUGUUUGCGAGAAUUUUGGAUGUAUUUCAUUUACAUACAAGAAUUAUUACAUGAAUAACGGUGUUUCCCGUGUCAUACUGCUGUGACACUUUUCUGUAUUACCAAUUGUGAUAAAGAUAAUCGAAUGAAAAAUUUGUUAAUUG